AUGCCAGCCAAAAAGAAACCGGACAGUAGCCAGGGUCCUCGUAAGGGAGCACAUCUCAUGGACCAGUUUGGAAUUGGAAUGAAUAUGCAUGAUUUUGAAUCCAUGCUUUAUGAUGAUGAUGACGAUAUUAAUGAUGAGGACCUGGAAGCUGAGUUAGCAGCAUUGCAAGGAGAGGAUCUUCCUCGCAAAAAAGAAAAAACAAAAAGGAAAAAUUUAAUGCCCUUUGAUGAUAUAAAUAAAAUGGCUGCUGAAAGUUUAAGAGACAUUCCAAGUGAUGAAGAUAUUUCUGACACAGAAGACCCAGAAUUGUUGUUAGAACUCUCAAAUCUGACUCAAGAAUCUCCAUCUCCUCCACCACUUCCAUCUCGGACAUCAGCCCCUUCUCAAGUUCCAGGAUCCUCUCUUCAGUCUUCUCCUGAGAAAAGUUCCCAGCAGCCCCCAGCAACAGCAAAACCACAAGAUAUUGUAUCCCUGCUCACAGAUCGCGUUGCAAUGUAUCGCACAGCUUAUGAAAAUGCUUCUGCUACUAGUGACAGCUCCAAACAGAGGAGGUUGAAUAGAGGAAUCAAGACUCUGCAAGAGCUUCUAAGGAAUGCCCAAGCUGGCCGUCCUAUUGAUGAAGACUCUAUUCCACCUCCUGUUGCUGUAAAGGCUCGGGCCCCACCUUCAUCUCUUCCAACAUCAGCUAAAGUGCCUAAUCAAGCAGAUUUAAAACCUUCAGAAUCUGCUUCACAGCCAACUCCACCAUCUUUGCCAGCUCGAAAUGUUGUUUCUCCAUCUGCUCCUUCACCUCCGUCUCCAAGUUUGAGGUCUGGUGAGAUUCCCUCACCGAGCAAGUCUCCAAUCCCGGCUCCAAGGACUCUAAACAGUUUGGAAUCCCCUGGGCGUAAACCUCCAGCUCCAGGGGCUAUUCCAGUACUUCCCUCACCUCCUUCAGUUCAACCAAGAGGCCUACCAGGAGCCAAAUCUCCAACAUCUGCCGGUGCUAUUGCACAGCCUAAAGCAUCACCAACUCCUUCUCCGAAUGCAUCUCCAGCACCCCACAACCAAAGGCCUGUUGCUUCUUCUGCACCCAACAUUUCUAACCUUUCUGCAUCAGAUCAACAAACUCAUCACCUAUUGUGUUUUCGCCGUGAUCAGUACCGGUCGUCAGCAGUGGCUGCCAAACAUUCUGGAGAUAUUCGAACAGCUACCAAGUAUGCUCAAACUGCAAAGCAAUUUAACUGUGUCAUCAAAGCUCUAGAAGAGGGCAAACCUAUAGAUUUAUCGAAAAUGCCACCACCACCACCUGGUUGUCCAGAAGGCCCCACACAAAACAUUUCCACUGCCAAGCCUAACCUUCAUGUACCAGUUGAGAGAAGCAGCCAGGCAGCUAAAGAACCAACUCCUCCUUCAAAUACAGAAGAUAUCAUAUCUGUUCCACCACUGCCCACUGAUGUUGAAAAGAAACUUUACAAUGCACCUGAUCAGCCAAUAACCAUACUGGAUGCAUUAAAUCAAAGAAUGGCUAAGUAUAAAUCCUGUGAGGAAGAAGCUAAAGCAAGUGGCAAUAGUAGUAAGGUUAGACGAAUGGGACGAAUUGUCAAGCAAUAUCAGGAUUCUAUCAAAUUAUACAAAGCUGGUAAACCUGUCAACUUUGAUGAACUGCCCACACCUCCAGGUUUUGGUCCAAUUCCCACAAAUGAUUCAAGUGCACCCCCUACGACAGCCCCUGCUGCAGUUGCUGCUGCUGCUGUUGCUUCACCUGCAGCUCAAUCACAGAAGUCUCCAAGGGUUCCACCACAGCCUCAGAUGAGGCAGCAGCAGCAGCCACAACCAACAGGUGGGGAACAAAUCUCUGAGGGGGAGAUCAGAAAACGUGCAUGUAAGUGUUUUUGUACUGCUACUAGUUUAUGUAAUGAAUGCAGGCAUAUCAAACGCCGGUCAACUAAGAGAAGUCUUGUUGCAAAACAAUUUGCUCGAAGAUCCGUUUCUUCACGUCAAGAACAGCAAGUUGUGUUUUUGAAAGAGAGAAUGGCUGAAUACAGAAAUGCAGCCAUACAGGCCAAGAAGGAGAACAACAUGGAACUGGCAAAAGCCUAUCUCCGACAAGCAAAAGGAUUUGAGCCCAUGUUAGAAGCUGCAGAAGGUGGUUUACCAGUGGAUCUAACUAAAGUUCCACCUCCAUUGAACAUGGAUGAAGAUUAUGAAGACAAAUUUGUGUUUGUAAAUCCUGAAGACUGCGAAAUUUCUGGUGACAGAGAUGAAGUGUACCAGAAGUUACAAGAAAGUCUGGUUUCACAGAUACAAAUGUGUUCUACAAGUUCAAAACAUUUCACUAAAAUGGGUGAUGUUCUUUCAGCAUCCAGGUUCCAGAAACUAGAACAGGGUUGCACUAAAGAUUUGGAUUCUUUAAAGAAUGCUCAUAAACACGGUGAUCCAGUACCAAGGUUCCAUUAUGAAACAAAAACUUUUAGUAUGGUUCAAUGUAACAGUGAACUUGGUGAUAAUGAUUUGGAGCUAACCAUUGUCCGAGGGAUAAAAUUUAACUUGCCUAGUGGUUAUGCACCAAAAGAUCUGGAUACUUACAUAAAAUUUGAAUUUCCAUUCCCAAGUGAUGAUCCUCAGACACACACUACAGAAACCGUAAAGAAUACAGAUUCACCUGAAUAUGGUGAAUCAUUUAAAUUAAAUAUUAAUCGACGGUCAAGAGCCUUGCUUCGAGUAUUUGAAAAAAAAUCAAUGAAAUUAGAAGUUUAUUAUCGACGAGGCUUUCUGAAGAGUGACAAAAUUCUGGGCACCAUCAGUGUCAAGUUACAGCCUUUAGAAUCUAAAUGCACAAUUCAUGACAGUUUUGAUUUGAUGGAUGGUCGAAAGUCUGUUGGAGGCAAACUGGAAGUAAAAUUGAAAUUGCGUGAUCCAUUAAAAAAUAAACAAGUUGAAGAAGUGAAAGAAAAAUGGUUGAUAAUAGAUAAAUUUUUACAGAAGAAGAAUGAAGAUGAAAAACCCUCAGUAACUAUAACGGUUGCAGACAAACAGGCACAGCUAGCCACUUCUGGGAGUACAUCAAUGGAGGUCCUCAAAUAUGAGAAACAGCAACUUGAUAAACAGAUUUGCCACCUGAAAGACAGCCUGACAUCUUCCCAAUUGGAAACACUUUCACAUAAAAGUAAAUUGCUGCAAGAAAAGAUAGAAAAACAGAAGAGUGCACUUAAGGCAGGAGGAAAAGCUGCUUUUAAAGGUAAGCUGUAA